AUGGCCGGCUCUGCUGAUAGUCUCGACAACCCCCGCGUCUACUUCGACAUAGAAGUCGAUGGCGAGGCUUUCGGGCGCAUUGCAAUGUCCUUGUUCGCCGAUGUGGUCCCUCGCACAGCCGAGAACUUCCGGUGCUUGUGUACCGGGGAGCGAGGUGUGAGUCCCAAGGGGGUGCUCCUCAGCUACAAGGGGUCCAAGUUCCACCGCAUCAUUCCCAACUUCAUGUGCCAAGGGGGUGACAUGGAGAAGGGGGAUGGCACUGGCGGCUCCUCCAUCUACGGCCCAACCUUUGAGGACGAGAACUUUGCGUUGGAGCACACCGAGCCCGGCAUUCUUUCCAUGGCCAACGCUGGGCCUAGCACCAACGGCUCUCAGUUCUUCAUAUGCACAGUCCCCUGCCCCUGGCUGGACGGCAAGCAUGUUGUGUUUGGCAAGGUCACAGAGGGCCUCUCCCUGGUGAAGAAGAUGGAGGCCAUGGGGUCAAGGACGGGCAAGACCUCGCACGUCAUCAAAAUUGCGGACUGUGGGGAGCUUCCCAGCAGGCGCCAGCUGCUGGCCAAGGUCAGGGCAGAGAAGGCUGAGCUGGCAAGCCUGAAAGCUGAGCCGCACGCCGUGGAUGCCAACGCCGAGUCCCUGAAGCGGCUGCAGGCCCUGAGGGCGCCGUCCGGCGGUGGGCCCGCAGCAGCGCCGUCAUACCGGACCGCCCAGGAUGAGCUGCGCGAGCUGGAGGAGCAGGAAAGGGCGGUGGGGGGAGCUGCAAAUGAAGGUGGAGAUGCAGGCCCCAGUCAGCCUCCCGGUCAGGGUGCCGACGGGCCAGACGCCGGUGGGGCUGGGCCGGGCGAUGCUGCGCAGCAGGAGGAGGAGGGGGAGGAGAUCGACCUGGCUUCUCUGCCGCCCCGCGCCCGAAGGCUGCACGAGCUGAAGCUGCGUAUGCGCCAGGCCAGGAAAGCCAACGAGGGCGCCGUGAUCUCGGAGAAGCGCAAGGAGCUGGCGGGGAAGGGGAAGGCGGAGGCCGUCAGCGACCCGCAGUCCUCCAAGCGCAAGUGGUAUGAGGACAAGAAGAAGCGCCAGGAGGAGGAGUUGAAAAGGCUGGGGCUGGGACCAGAGCACGCGCACCGGCUGGAAACCGCGGAGACCGCGGCCGCCAUCUACGAGAAGACCCGCAAGACCCCGGCGCCCAAGGGCUGGGAGGCGUUCAACCAGGCCGCGCUGUAUGGCGCCUACGAGCGGCGAACGGCCGCCAUUAAGCCGUCGGCUGAGGAGUACGAGGCCGCCAAGGCGGCGGACCCGGAGUUCUACCGGGCGGGGGACAGCCUCAAGCACGGCGGACAGGGGGCCGUGUCGGAGGCAGGCGUCGCCCGCAUGGUCGCGGAGCUCAACGACAGGCAACGCAAGGCUGGGAACUUUAGCCGUCGGCGCGCGUUCGACGACGCCAAGGAUGUGGACUACAUCAACCCCCGCAACGCGCACUUCAACAAGAAGAUCGACCGCGCGUUCGGCAAGUACACCGCGGAGAUCAAGGCGAAUCUGGAGAGGGGGACCGCCCUGCCGGAGCGAUGA